CAACGGUGGGCAGCACUUCCUUGGCUGUGAGGCUACCUGAAGACAAGUGAGCAGAGAAGAAAAACCAUGGGUACCAUUUCCAAGAAUUCCUUGAAGAUUUCCCUGCUGCAGUUAGAAUGUCAUUUUACAUGGACUUUGCUGAAGCAGGAUGUAGAUCUUGAGGCCCUAGAAGAAACAAUAGUUGAUCAUAUCAUGUUUUUUGAAGAAUCCAACAUUGUAGAUUAUAAUAUACUCUCCUAUGUAUGUCACCUAAAGAAUUCAAAUGAGGAAGCCCUGAGUAAUCUCAAAAAAGCUGAAGAAGCUGUUCAAAAACAUCAUCCCAAUGAAAUUGCCAGGAGAAGUCUUGUUACCUGGGGGAACUAUGCCUGGAUCUAUUACCACAUGCAGAGAUACGAAGAAGYUCAAACUUAUGUAAGCAAAGUGGAAAAUACCUGCAAAAAUCUUUCAAGUACUGCUCGUUGGAAGAUUCAGCUUCCAGAGAUCUAUGCUGAGCAAGGAUGGGCGUUAUUACGUUUUGGGGGGAAUUACUUYGAGAGAGCAAAGAAUUCCUUUGAAAAAGCUCUGGAGAGUGAGCCCGAUAACCCAGAGUUUAAUGCUGGCUAUGCAAUAGCAAUGUAUCGUUUGGAAAAUUUAGCUCAGAGGAAUUGUGAAGAGGUGAGCCCAUCCCUUGCAGCCCUGAAGCGGGCAGUGGAACUGAAUCCAAGGAAUACGAUCGUUAUGGCAUUACUUGCAUUAGAACUUCAGCGAUUAAAACAAGUUGAUGAAGGGGAGAGGUACAUUGAAGAAGGACUGCAGAAAACCCCUGCUCUUCCUAUUUUCCUGCGAUAUGCUGCUAUGUUUUAYAGAAAGAAAAAAGAAACCGACAAGGCAGUGAAGAUUUUCAAAAAGGCCCUAGAACUGACGCCAAAUUCUGUUGUUCUGCAUCACCAACUAGGAAUCUGCUACAGAUUCAAGAUAGUUCAACUGAAAGAGAUGGGAGACUUGCUUCAAAAGGAAGUAGAGAAUAUCAUAGAAUGUGCCAUUUUUCAUUUUAAAACAGUGAUAGAAAAAAAGCCAAAAUUUGUUUCUGCCUAUAGUGACCUAGCAAGCAUAUAYGCACUAGGCAAGAGGUAUGAAGAAGCAGAAGAGACAUUUCAGAAAGUGCUUCAAAGAGAUAAUCUAUCCUGUGCGGAAAAGCAAGAACUCUACUUCAAUUAUGGCAAUUUUCAGCGUUUUGACAUGAGCUCAGAAUCAAAAGCCAUUAAGUAUUACAUAGAAUGUCUGAAAAUCAAGAAAGAUUCCUAUGGAAGAAAUAAGUGCAGAGAAGCUGUAGAGAAAUUGUUGCAAAAGAAAAUUAGAUAUGGUUUAGGAGAUGCAACAGAUAUUGGUACACUUGGACUUGUUCAUAGCCUAAAUGAUGAGAAACAAAAAGCGAUAGAGUGCUAUAAGAAAGCCAUUGCUUUGGAUCCCAACAAUGAAGAAUAUCAGAAUGCAUUAUGUGAGCUACAGCUUUCUAUCUCAAGCUAAAGCUCUCAAAAGUCCUAUGUUCCGAAAAAUUCCCAAAACCAAGGACAUUUCAACACUCUUGAAACUUUUUCUGUUUGUUUUUCAUUUGAAGGUARACAUUACAACCAGGUGAAGCACAGGUGAUGCUUUAUCACUUUCUGGUGAUAAWGUAGAAACUGCAGAAAAUUAUUAUUAAUUUGCUCAUUCAAUAACAGAGAGCUUGCUUGGAUAACUAUAUAAUAUAUAUAAUAUGUAUUUACAGCUAAUCUAACUUAGUCUUCAAUGCUAGCAUUGGUAUAAAUGUUGUACUUAAGUGAUGAUCUGUAGUACACAGAACUUCUAAGCUGAAAAUCAGAUAUUUCCUUUUACUGAGAAAAAGAUAAAGUAAUUAUAUUGUAGUAUUUUGUCUGUACACCUGAAGGGCAUGCUGAUACUCAAAUAGAAUAUCUGAAGUUAUUAAAAAUAUUUUAGAAGUAUGUUUUGUAGAAGAAACUUUUGUUGAAGGCUUGUUCAGUUUACUACCUUAUAUGCUGUUUAAUUAUGAAAAAUAAACACGGUUCAGCUAYUCCUCUGAAAAGCUUACAAAAUAUUGUGUAUUAUUGUUGUGAACCAAUAAAGUCUAUUGAAUC